AUGUUGAAACAUUGGACGCUCGUCACGUUGACCCUCGCGGUCUUUGCUGCGCGUGGAGAUGCCAAUAGCGGUUCAUGUGGACGGCAGAAGCCAAACUUCAUCUUCAUCAUGACCGACGAUCAGGAUUCUCACCUCAACUCUCUCGACUAUCAGCUAGUUGUGCAAAAGCAAUUUAUCCAAAUGGGAACUUCGUUCAAGAAACAUUUUUGCACUGUUGCACUGUGCUGCCCCUCAAGAGUCUCCUUACUCACAGGCAGAGCCGCGCAUAAUACCAACGUCACUGACGUUAAUCCUGUAAGUGGAUACACCAAGUUCAUUGCCGAAGGCCUCAAUGACAACUACCUGCCAGUCUGGCUCCAGGCCGCUGGCUACAACACGUAUUACGCCGGCAAGCUGAUGAAUGGACAAACUCCCGCCACCUAUAACAAUCCUUUUGCAGCAGGAUGGACAAGAUCUGAUUUCCUGCUGGAUCCCAAUACCUACAUCUUCAACAACGCCACAAUGGUGCUAGACAACGGUUCUGUCGAAACACACACUGGAAAAUACUCUACAGACCUGAUUGCCAAUAGGUCUGUCGAGUUCCUAGGCGACGCCAUCAAUUCGAAGAAGCCUUUUUUCCUCGGAAUUACACCUAUUGCGCCUCAUUCUGAAACCCUUCUCACGCCUUCUGGGCCUAUUUUCAAGGCGCCUGUGCCAGCUGACAGACACAAAGACCUGUUUCCUGACGCCAAGGUUCCGAGGACUCCCAAUUUUAACCCCGACGUUCCCGGGUCUGUCAACUACUUUGCCACUCUGCCGAGGCUUACCGAUGACCAGGUCCAGUAUAACGACGACUACUACCGCCGCCGACUCCAGUCACUCCAGGCAGUCGACGACCUUGUCAGCGCUGUUAUAUCGAAACUGGAGAGUCAUCCAGAGGUUCUCGCCAACACCUACCUCUUUUACACUAGUGAUAACGGUUAUCAUAUUGGCCAGCAUAGGCUCCCGCCUGGAAAAUCCUGCAACACGGAGGAAGACAUCAAUAUUCCCUUCAUCGUCCGCGGGCCUGGAAUCGCGGCCGGCAAGGUCGCCACGUUCCCGACCUCACAUACAGAUAUUGUCCCUACAUUGUUCGAACUUGCUGGCAUCCCACUCCACGAAAAUUUCGACGGCCAGCCAAUCCCACUGACUAAAAAGAGUCAGAAAUCAAACAAGCAGAAGCAAGAGCAUGUGAACGUCGAGUUCUGGGGGGAAGGGAUAAUGGAGGGGACUUUAUAUUCUCAUCUUGCGGACCAAGUCAGCAAGAAUACCUACAAGACACUGCGUGUUGUUGCCGAAAACUACGACUUCUCGUACACUGUCUGGUGUACUAAUGAACAUGAGCUAUAUGACAUGAAGACCGACCCAUAUCAGAUGAAAAACCUGUACGGCUCCAAGGCGGCUACAUCGAGCUUCAACAUUCCCGAUCUCACAGAGCGACUCGACAGUCUUCUCCUCACGCUUAAGAGUUGCAAGGGGAAAUCCUGCCGACAACCAUGGGAGACUCUCUUUCCUUCGGGAGAGGUACAGAACCUGCAGCAUGCGAUGAAGAAGAAAUACGAUAGCUUCUUCAAAAGUCAGGAGAGGGUCUCGUUCUCCGCGUGUCUCAAAGGAUACAUCACGUCCGCUGAAGGUUCCUUGCACUCAGAGCCAUAUGCCGGCAAGCUCGCUGACGGAGAGUUCGAAGCCAGGUGGGAGGAUUGGGUUUAA